UAUGUUCUGUUUCUGGAUAUAUGUACAACCUCAUUCUCUUCGUCCUUUCUCCCCAUCAUUCUCUCAUCAAUGGCGAGACUAGCAGCAGCCGCCGGCGAUGGACCCUCCCGGCGAGAUCCACUCCUCCACAAGAAGGGCGCCUACACUCGCUGUCUCUCCCAUGCCGGCGACGAGCUCCACAGCUUCCGAUCAUGCCUCCGCUGGAUGUGCGUCGACCAAUCCGAUCCCUUCCGCGCUUCCAUCUCCUGGUCCAUCUUCAUCAUCUUCGGCGUCAUCGUCCCCAUCGCCUCCCACGCCCUCCUCGCCACCUCCAACACCUCCCGGCGCGCCUACGACGCCGUCGUCCAGUUCUCCCUCUCCUCCAUCUCUGCCAUUUCCUACCUCUGCCUCUCCGCAUUCGUCCGCCGCUACGGUCUCCGUCGAUUCCUCUUCCUUGAUAAACUCGUCGGCGAGAGUGAUCUCGUCCUCCGUGGCUACAUGGCCGAGCUCAAUCGAUCGUUCCGGAUCCUCUCCUUCUUCGUCUUGCCCUGUUUCUUCAUCGAGUCCGCGUACAGGAUCUGGUGGUACGCGUCCGGCCAUGGGCCGGGGCAAUCGAUCCCGUUUCUUGGGGAUCGGAUCGCCACCGAUGUGUUUUGCUGUUUGAUGGAGCUUGGGUCUUGGAUUUACAGGAUUGCGAUCUUCUUUUUGCUGUGUGUUUUGUUUAGAUUGGGAUGCCAUUUGCAGAUCCUCAGAUUGCAGGAUUUCUCCAACGGAUUUCGGGAGGAAUUGGAUGUUGCUUUGGUUUUGAAAGAGCAUUUGAGGAUUAGGAAGCAGCUCACUGUUAUCAGCCAUCGCUAUCGAGCGUUCAUUGUCUCUGUGCUUUUCCUCGUCACAAUUAGCAACUUCACAUCGUUGCUUCUCACCACUCGCCCUCAUGCCAAUGUUACCUUUUCAAACGCUGGAGAACUCGCUUUAUGCUCAAUCGCUUUGGUGACUGGACUCUCCAUAUGUCUACGUUGCGCGGCAAAGAUCACACAUAAAGCACAAGGAAUCACAUGCACAGCUUCUGCAUGGCAUGUAUUUGCUACUGUUGAUUCUUUUGAUGUAGAUCCAGAAACACCUCCACUGACAACCUCUCAUCCAAAUAAUCCACUGGUUAAUGGCAAUGGUGAUGCUAUUGAUGAAUCAGAAGAAGAUACUGAAGAUGACGAUGAGUUAGAUGAGAUAAAUGAGGCUAAGUUGCAACCUCAUCAAAUGCACACUAUUUCCUUCCAAAAGAGACAAGCGUUGGUGACAUACUUAGAGAACAACAGGGCUGGGAUUACUGUUUUUGGUUUCGUUGUGGAUAGGGCAUGGCUACACACCAUCUUUAUGAUUGAAUUAUCUCUUGUCUUAUGGCUGUUGGGCAAAACCGUUGGGAUCUCUUAAGAGGCAUGAGUUUUAAUUAAUAGAUGUUUAAAUUCUUUUAAGAUAUAAAAUCAUGAAGCUAAUUUAUGUAAUAGUAAUAUUUAUUUUCAAUACCUUGGGCAAUCAGACAAGGAUGCACAGCAGAGCCAGAGUCCUUCUUCGUUAUAUAUAGUAUCAUCUUCACCACUUUACAUGUGUAUUUUGUCUGGCUCUUUGCAGUUGUGAAGUUUUGUAUUUGUAUAUUGGAGCUUUGUGGUCUAUGUGUCAAUGAAUUCAUUAUUGAUUCAUCUUUGUAUUAUUUUUGGCUUAA